AUGACAACAGAAACAUCGUCACUUAAGCAAACAGAUACUCACUGUCCUCAGCUUCCACUACCGAAUCUCACCACCUUAUUAAAACGCUAUAUUGAAUUUUUGGAACCCCUAGAUGGUGUCAAAGAUAAGCAAUCUAGUAUUAAUUUUGUUCAAGAGGUGUUAAAAUCUCUGCAAGAUGAUGAAAAUACAACAUCGCCUGAAUUUCGUACUAUAGCAAAGUAUUUUCGUUUUUUAGAAUCUAUUAUUGGAGAAUACAAAAACUUUUGUAAUACCACACUUCGCACAUCCCACAUGGCCCCACUCUGGAAUGCCAUGUAUCUUGGAAACAGGGAACCAUUACCUCUCGGGUGGAACUACAUGCUGCAUCUUGAUGGGCCUUCCCUAGAGACAGUCGCGCAGCAGAUGAAUGUAUCUUCACAGGCUUUGCGAGCUGCAGUCAUAGGAGCCGCAUCAUUUCAAGUUCGUCGUCUCGUGGAGCAACCUUUAUUUUUCUCUUCUGAAGCCCAGUCUCGCCUCCCAAGAUCUUGCCGUGUAGAUUUGACCUUGUGCCGUGAUCAAUACAAUCGUCUUUUUCGAACGGUGCGUAUUCCGCAUCUUGGAAUGGAUGGAUUACGUUGGUCUCAUACGAACAAGGUACUCUUGCUUCGCAAGGGUUAUGCCUUUAUAUUGAGUUGGAUUCACUUUGAGGAUUCAGAUAAUGUUAACCUUUUAGGACCACACUGGUUAGAAGAAAUUGUUUGUAAUGCUCGUCUUAUUCAAACUGUGAUAGACAAGACAGCUGAUUUGCCUGCAAACAUAGAGAGUCCAUUAGUUCUGGCAAGCGGAUCCCGUAGUAUUUGGGCAUACGCCUUUGAGGAACUCUGGGGAAAUGCUGUAUCAAAAGAUGCACUAGAUGCUAUUACCUCUUGUAGCUUUGCAAUUGCUCUUGAUGAAGAAACAGAUCUCUCUCUCGCAUUACAUGGAGGUAAAUAUCCAGAAAAUCGUUAUCCUGAUAUGAAUGUAAUGUAUACAGUUGAUCCUUCUGGUGGGGCUAGUUGCAACAUGGAGCAUUCAUGGGGUGACGGUGGUACUAUGAUAUUAGUUUGUAGUACUAUUCAUCAUUACGCCACAUCGCUGAUUAAUGAAAAAUUAACAGUUAAACGAAUAGAAGGUUUAAUUUGUUCUGAUUACUCAGAUCAUGUAAAACCUGUAUGUUUUGGAACUCUUUCUAACACUGUACUGAAAUCUAUUGCAAAUACUCGAUGCGAUCAUCAGAAGCGAGUUGAGCAAACUGAAUUAACUGUACGACAUAUUCGUGCUUUUGGUACAAAUGAAAUUAAAAAAAACUGUCGUGUUAGUCCAGAUGCUUUUGUGCACGCUGCGUUUCAUCUUGCUCAACGUCGUCUUUUUGGAGAUCAACGAUCCACUUAUUGUGCCUUGAUGAUGAAGAAAUACCACCAUGGGCGGACCGAAACACUACGAACAGUAACAAGAGCUACACAGGAAUUAGCACUCAUGAUGGAAUCAGUAGAUAAUAAAAAUAUAUUUAACUCAUCUAUAGCGGCAGCAUUACAAAAAUCAAGCAAAGAGCAUCGAAAGAGAAUUUCGGUGUGUCGUGCAGGACAGGGGUUUCAUCGAGCUGCCACUCUACUUCGUCGCCUUCACAAUGAAGUUCGAGAGCGACUGCAAUGUAUGGAAAAAACUAACGUUGAUAUGAAAUUGGUUCAAGCUGCGGAAUCUGUGGAAUCGUAUUUUUUUGCUUCUUCAGCACUGAAAGAGUUAUCAAGUGAUUAUCUCUCAACUUCAAAUAUUACGGCUAAUGGUAUCUCAUCUUUUUCUUUUGCUGCAACUCACCCAAAUGGGGUGGGGAUUGGCUAUUCCCUUUUUCCUAAAAUUCUAACAUUCACAUGUUCAUCAUAUAAAAGUUUUGCACGACCGAUUAGCGGAAUAAAAUCGAUCGAAAAGGAGAAACAAAUAUCCGUCUGCAAUGUUUACGCUGACACACUUGAGCAGGCUGUCCAUGACCUCUACUCUCUCACUGCAGUACUACCUCCACCAAAAUUGUAG